AUGUACCCGGAUGGCGGCUUCGGUCGACUACGGGUAUACGGUCAUGCUAUCCCACCUACCCUCGAAUCUACAUCCCAAGUCCAAAGCGAGUUACCCUCCGAAGAACUCUCUUCCGCUCUCCUAGGCGGUCUCGCCCUCGGCGCCUCGGAUCAACACUUUACACCCUGCAGCAACCUUCUCCUACCCGGCCGAGGAAAGGACAUGGGCGACGGAUGGGAGACUGCCCGGUCUCGCACCCCAGGUCACGUCGACUGGGUCACUGUCAAGCUCGGACUUGCCGGCUCUGCCUCGAGGAUUAUCGUUGACACCAAAGAUUUCCGUGGGAACUUCCCCCGCGCCGUACGAGUCCACGGCCUCCUCGUCGGCUCUGUCGGCAGUGAUGAGGUCCCCGCGCACGACCAUGCGGACUGGAAGGAACUCAUCAAAGGCGACAAGCCAUGUUAG